AAGGGAGCCGAUGGGUGCAGGAACUGACUGAUGCAUUAGACGAGUGCAGCAUUCCUUUGUUUCCCAGUCCUGCCGGGAGUCACGGAUAGGAUUUAGCAAGUGUGGGCCCCAAAGCUGCCAGCUCCCUCCUCGCAGAGCCGGGACGGCUCGCGGCGGCGGCGCGAGAGCCUGAGCAGAGAAGUGAGGCAGGGCUGCAAAGCGGGGGCCCAAGCUGAGGCACAGCUCUAGGACCGGAGCUGGAGAGGAGGCCGCAAUUAAUGCAGCCAGCGGAAACAUGAGCAAUCCCAGACGAUAACGUUAGCAGCUGGAUCUCUGUUUCCCUCUCAACCUUUUCUGCUAAAUUUAGAAGGAAAGUUUAGACGUGCAGGGAACUCCACGAGCUGGAUUUUUCUGGGCUCACACGGAGGUAGGCUCAGGACCCUGUCUAACCACAAACAAAGCCCUGGCCCCUGCCCAAGAGGAGCACAGAGCAGCGGUGACUGCGUGGAAGGACCUAUGCCCCGAGCCCUUCCAGCGCUGCGCCGGGGCCGGCGAAAGGAUGCAGCGCGCCCGGCCCGGGGGCCGCAGCUGACGGGCGGCAGCCGCGCGGCGGUGCGGAUGCGGCACCGUGGCCCCGGUAGACCGGUUCCCCCUCCGCUCCGUGACCAUGUGGCUGCUGCUGCCGAGCUUCCUGCUCGCAGCCUCCUGCCUCCGCCCGGCGGCCGCCUUCCCCAAGGGCUGCUACCCCGCGGAAGAGGAGGGCUUGAAGACCUUCCGGUGCAGCAACGCCCGGCUGACCGAGGUCCCCAAGGACAUUCCCAAUGACACCAACAAGCUCUACCUGGACUCCAACCGCAUCCCCUUCCUGCCCCGCGACGCCUUCCGGGACCUGCCGCUCCUGCUGGAGCUGGACCUGUCCCACAACGCCAUCGCCGGCGUCGAGAGCGGGGCUUUCCGGGGCCUGGCGGAUCACCUGCGCUCUCUGGACCUGUCUUCCAACAAGCUGGUGUCGGUCAGCAAGGAUGCCUUUAACCACCUGAAGGCCAAGGUCAACCUCUCCAACAACCCCUGGCUGUGCGACUGCCGGCUGCAGGAGCUGAUCCGGGCGGUGGACCUGGCCGCCGGCUCGUCGGCCGGCAUCGUGUGCGCCGCCGCCGUGCAGGAGGAGCACGUGGGCAAGGCCUUCCUGCAGGUCAUCGCCGACACGGACUUCUGCAACGCCUACAGAAAGACCACGGACAUCGCGAUGCUGGUCACCAUGUUCGGCUGGUUCGCCAUGGUGAUCUCCUACCUGGUCUACUACGUGCGGCAGAACCAGGAGGACGCCCGGCGGCACCUGGAGUAUCUCAAGUCCUUGCCCAGCAAGCAGCGGAGGUCGGAGGAGUCGUCCACCAUCAGCACGGUGGUGUGAGGGACGGGCGUCCCGGGGGCUCCGCGGACUCGCCAUGGCUGUAGAAGCUGUUAUUAACCAUCGUCAUCGCACAGAAAUAGUAGUGGUUUUGUUCCGUUCUCCGCGGGGGAGCGACGCCUGGCCGCGCGGAGCAGGCGGGAGCGGCAGGGCCUGGAUCCGGCACGGCGGGAGACGGAGCGGCUGCGGUUGGGAGCAGUUGGCUGUUGACGAGCACCCGCCCGCGGGGCUUCGACUGCCAAGGCCUGGAGAGACCCUGCGCGUCCCCUCGCACGCGCGGCGAUUGCUCCGACUCGCCUGAACAUUUACACUUCAUUUCAGACUGUUUUAUUUCUUUUGCAGAAAUCCCUUGGGGCAUUAAGGGAAUGGGUGUUUCAGUCCCUGCCCGGCUUUCCCGCUGCUGCCGGCGGGAUGCUCCCGGCUCCGCGCAGGCUGGGCUCGGCGCGGGCUCUCCGGCCCCGGGAGCGGUGGCGAGGGGCGGCGAGGCCGUGCCGCAGCGGGCCGCCGGACUUGGAGGAGCAUCCGUCCGAGCCGCAACCAGCAGGAAAGCUGUAACUGGUGGGACUGGGGGACAGGGAGGAAAGCGGAGGUGCGUCGGUGGGAAAGGCGAGAGGCACGUCCAGGUGCUGCCGGGGCUUCGCCUCUCUCGCGCUGGGUGAUGUUGUCGCACCUUGGCCCUCGCUGUCCCCUGGUCCCUUCCCCUCCGCCGCUGGGGCAGCCGGGGCGAGGGGUGAAAUGGGGACCUUUCCCCGGCCGGGCGCUCCGGCUCCGCAAGGAGCAAACGGGAAGCGAGCCGCUCCGGCGCUGAGCUGCCGCCCGACGCGAGGUCUCACCUCUGCGCUCCCGGGCUCACCAGCCUGCCGACCGCUCACUGUGCCGGCGCGGGGCCGGGGCCGCCUGCUCUCCCGUCCUUCCCACCUCCUGCGCCGCCGGCAGCAGCCCGGCCCCCCCCGCCCGAACAGCCCCCAAUGUCCCUUCUUGAAAUCCCCAGUAUUGGGCUGCAGGUUCCCGUGUUGGGGGGUUAGAGAGGGGCCGAAGCGCCGCGCGGUGCCCGUGCACCCGUUCGGGCCCGGGGGGCUGUUUCCACCCCCGGAGCCAAGCCGGACCGGACCCAGCGUCUCCCAGCCGAGCCCGAGCGCGCCGGUUUGGCUGGAUUUGUCCUUUUUAAAACCAACUGAAGCUAAAUUGCCUUAAUUCACCGAGAGCACCAACCAAAGCUGCUUGAGCGUGCCGGGCCAGCCCCGGCGCGUCGGCGGGACCCCGGCGGGACCCCGGCGCCGCGCGGCUGCAGGGCAGCGCUCGGCCCCUCUCUAACUCUCUCCUCACCCCCCCGCGGCGCCGGCCGCCUGCUUGGCCCGGGGGGGACGGUGCCGGCGGGCGGCGAGGCAGGGCCGCGGCUCGCGCCCUUCCCCAAGUGCCUACUCUGCGGUGCAGACCCGCUGCGCUGCGACGCACAGACACCUUCCGCCGCCUGGGGCCCCUCCCGUGCGAGGGCCCCCCGGGACCAGCCGACCCAAUACGUGUUUUGUUUAAGGGACCUUUUACGUUCUUUAUACAAUAAAGGUGGCUUUUACUUUGG